AUGUUCUUCACUCGUUUCCUUGCUACUGCUACAAUUGCAGCUCUUGUCAAUGCUGCUCCAAACGCUGACGCUAUUCCAUGGGCGAAGGCCAACCCACACGCGGCAGCAGCUGCUCGUGCUUAUGCUGAUGCCUAUGCUGAGGCCGAAGCGAUUGGUCAUGCUGAUCCAGAGGCUUAUGCUAUGGCAGCUUCAGAGGACCAGUGUGCUGAUAUUGCUUGUCACGCUGCCUGCGGUUUGUUGAUCAUUGAAGGUCAAAAGUGUUCUAGAAACACAGAGAAUUCUUACCUUGGUCCUCAUGACAGUGAAUGUCUCUGUCCAUCUGACUCAGAGUUUAUGACCUACUACCCAUCAUGUAUGAACUGUGGUUGGACCUUGUGGAAGUAUUACGGUCCAUAUGUUACCGAUGCCUUGAGAGCCUGUCCAGGAUUAUCCACUGAGCCAACUGGUACUAGCAGAUGUUCAACCACUUUGACUGAUAUCUACACCCCAGAUUACGCUAUUAGAGCCUGUGACUACACAGGAGGAAGAACCGGCUGA